AUGACUGAUCACUUGUCGCGCGAAAUCGAGCAGGCUUAUGAAAAGCUGAGGGAUAUCGAUGGCGAGCUGGCGACGUUGUCCGGAAGGCCGGAUAGGUGAGAACAGUUUUUGAAAUGAAACCAUCGAAAAAAAAAUAUCUAUCCAAUAAUCAAUAAUUUUUGCAGGCUCAGCUCGGGUGUCGGCAUAAAACGGCGUAUAUCCAAUGAAAACGGUGACUUUGCCUCGUUCGGCUCCGCUCGUUUGAAGUUAGUAAGAAGAAAAAGAUGGAAAGUAAAAUAAAUGAUAAGUAUAGUUUCUCUGAGAAGGAGAAACGAAAAUCGAUCAAUUUUGUCGUUUUUGGUCUAUUUGAAACAUGGAAAAGAACAGUGAGAAGACUGCUGGUGGAAAAAAAAAUUGGUUAUAGUUUCCUGUUUGAGAAGAAAAGUUUCUUUUUUUGAUAAUUUCUAUAAAAAUUUCUUGUGAAGAAGAGUAAUUAGAAAGUCACCCAAUUUCGUCAUUUCUGACAUUCUGAAAGCGUUAAAAGUACUGUUGGGAGAACAGGAAGUUAUAAAUUUAUGUUUGAGGAGAAAAGCUCUUUUUUUCUGAUACUAUCGAUAAAAAAUUUUUUUUGAAGAGGAGCAGCUUGAAAAUCGAUAGGUUUUGUUAUUUCUGGCUUUUUGGGAGCGUGGAAAGUACACAGUAAUAAACUUAAUAGUUAAAAAUUUCAGUUUGAGGGUAAAAAAACUUUUUUUGAUACUAAAAAAAGCCUGAUAGGUUAAUUCAAAGCUUUAUAUUCAAAAUCUAACAAAGGUUCAGCCGGAAGCUUAUCGGAUCAUUAUUAAAAUCUUCAGAGAAGAUUCUUUUUCGGUUUGCUGUUGAUCAAUAAUGAUCCCUAGACCUUCUUGCCCUUUUUUUAGAGGAGGAAGUUGAGCUUUUCGAAGAUUCUCCAUGUUGGGAAACAUCUUCAAGCGGAUUCUAUUUUCAGUGACGGUGCUGGUGAUAGAUUUGACGAGCGGCGCUCCCUUGGCAACGUCACCGUGUCGCGGAACUCUGUCGAUGGAGGCUUUUCACGGCGACGUGUUCAGUGAGUUUUAUCGGGGAAAAGAGCGGAGGAAAUAGAGGGGAUAUUUCUUAAGUGACCACUUGGUUCUCUCAAAGUGAUCUCUUGAGGGGAAUAUCAUGCUAGAAAAUGCUUCAGUCUUUAAAAAUCUUGGAAUGCUUCUUAACUGAACACUCAGCUUUUGCGAAACUAAGAACCACUGGAAACAUUUUUAGUGGCCACUUUAGGGUUAUAACGUUUUCGUGACCACUUAAGUGGCUUCUUUAGAAUUCUAAUUGGUACUGCUAUGCCCCUAAAGCAUUUUUAAGUGAUUUCUUUAGGGUUUUGACGUUUUAUUAGCCCUUGUAGUAGUAGAUUUUAGUGGCCGCUUAAGUGACCUCUUUAGCCGUUUUAUUGGUAUUACUAGACCCCUGAAGACUACUCUAGUGGGCACUUAGACCCGGAAUAGUGACCGCUUUAGUGUACUUUGCUCCUUGAGGAACCUCUUAAGUGGCCACUAGAGUUUUUCCCAGUAUUAUGAUAGUAAAAAUUCCUGACAAUGCUGUGACCACUAAAAGGAGCUCAGCUUUUGCGAAUCAAAGAACCACUGGGAGAAUGUUUAGUGGCCACUUUAGGGUUAUGAAGUUCUAGUGACCACUAUAGGAGUAGAAUUGGGGGGCCACGACGCGAAAUAGUGGCUUCUAUAGAGAUUGUUACACUGGCCAGUUUAGUGUCUUUUCCAAAUAGUUCUUGAGAAAACUCUUAAGUGGCCCCUAGAGUUUUUCGCGGUACGGUUUUCACUUCAUGACAUGAAAAAGGCUUUUCAAGUGACCACUCUGCACAGCUUUUGCGAUUCAAAGAACUGUGUUCAAUCUUUCAUUUUGUUCAUCUACAGCAUCGAGGCGGAGCGCGACAGAAAGGCGGCAGCGACGGCGCCGAUGCCGGCCAAACGUUCUCGGGUCGAUUAUUUGGAAGAGAGUGCCACUGGUGGAGAGGAGUUCGACGACGAGGCCGACAGGCGACAUAAAAGGCUUUUUUUGCUGUGAAAUGAAAGGUAAUGAUUGAUUUCAGGACGAUUCAGUCGACGGUCGUGAUGCCGACGCUCGACUCGAGGGGACGCGAGCAGCAGAUCGAGAAGAUGAAGACGUCCGAGAACAAGGAGGUCGCCACGCGGUACGACCAUUUUUGUGGAAAAUGGGAAGAGAGCUUCUAAAUUGAGAACUGUGAGAAAGAUAAAAAAAUGAAUAUUCGAGGCUGGAAAUUUUUUUAAAAAGGGAACAACAGAAAAAAAUGAGGGGGAGGGGUUAAAGACUGUAAAAAGCGUCUGCAAACACUUGAGAAAGGGAUUUUAGAGCUGUGGGGGAGGGGUUUAAGGCUGAAAAAGAGCGCCUGCAAAGUUUUUUUGAAAAAGGAUUUUAGAGCAAUGAGGGGGAGGGGUUUGAGGCUGAAAUAUUGACAGAUUCAAAGAAAGGGGUGUGGGGGUGGACAUACACCGGCUGGAUUAACUCUGAAGGGCCUAAAAAAACCUCGGGAAGAUUUUUUUGGAAGGGAUUUUUAAAGCUCGGAGGAUUUUAGGCUGAAGAAUUGAACAGUUUGAAAAAAACAUAUGAUAAAUGGAACUGGAAUCUCAGGACUCUGAAAAAUAGGGGGGAGGGAUUUCAUCAAUUAUGAAACUCGGGAAAGGGCUCAAAAACCCCAGAAAAACUUUUUUUGAAAAAGGAUUUUAGAGGUAUGAGGAUUUGAGGCUGAAAAAUUGAAUAGUUUGAAAGAAAAAUGAGGCUGGAAUCUCAGGACUUUGAAAAAAAUAGGGGGAGGGAUUUUUUUUUGAUUGUAUCGGAAAAGAACUUGAAAAAAAGGUUAGGAAGAUUUUUUUGGAAGGAUUUUAAAGCUGGGAGUAUUUUUAGGCUAAUAAAUCGAACAUUUUGGAAGAACUUCAAGAAAUCUGAACUAGAAUCUCAAGGCUCUGAACAAGAAUAUUGAGAUUAUUUGACACAAAUCUGACAAAAAGUGGGGUUUGUAUAGCCUUUGGAGCUGAAAUUCCUGAAAAAUCAAUAUUUAUCAGAAGCAAUGAAAGAAAAUAUUCAAAAUAUCCUAUGCUUUCAGUAAUCGUCGAAUGUUCUCCAACCUACUGAUGGGCACCCUGCAAAACUUCAAAAAGACCGAGAAACGUACGGCGAACGUCCAGGCGGAGAAGCAGGCCGAGGUCGAGCGACGGCUCGAGGAGAAGAAGCGCGAGGAGCGCGAACAGGUCGGAAGGAGGAAAAAAAAACACAGGAUUGUAAAAAAAGAUGUGGAGAAGGAGUAUUUGUAGGCCCAUUUAGGUAAGAAAGAAGUGUUUUUUUUUCAAAUCUUAGUUUAGGGAGAAUUUUUGAAGCUGAUAGGAAUGAAGUUUAGGGAGUUCGUUUCAUUAUCUUAUAAAAAUUACUUGAAAUUUAUUACUCCGCAAUUUUCGAGUGGAUUAUGAUGGUCAUGGAAAGCUCAAAAGAGGACUAGGAAAAAAAUGAAAAAAAUUUGAUUUAUUUUUUUGAAAAACACGGAUAGUUCAAAAAGAGUCCACAAAAAAAUUUAAAAAAAUUUGCCUCUAUUUUUUUGUAAGAUCAUGGAUACAUUAAAAAAAUAGGCCGCGAAAUGAAAAGUCCGCCUCAAUUUUCAAAAAAUCAUGACUAGUUCGAAAUAGGGUCCAGAAAAAUCAGAAAAUUGGCUCAUUUUUGAAAAAUCAUGGAUAGAUCAAAAAGGGCAAACAAAAAAUGAAAACUUUGGCUCAUAAAUCAUAGACAGUGAAAUUCAGCAUUCUUCAGGGUUUAACUCAAAAUUAAAUAAUCAAUCUUUUCAAGAGAAUGGCCGAUAAGCAAUCGCUCAUGGACAAACGUCGUCAACAGGAAGCUGAGCUGAAGGCUCUUCAGCGCAAACGUGCUCUGAUGCAAUAUGUAAUUAAUAUUCCCUCGAAUAUCAUCGUCAUCCCUGAAUCUCCAGGCUGAUGGUCGAAUCACACAGCUCAAGCUUCUCUCCAACUUCAUCGAGACGUCGUCCGAACCAAGAAUCUACUUCCAGCCCGUCAAACACACGCCACGCUCCAUGGAGCUGCAGCAGGCCACGCAGAAGCGUAUUGAGAGUGAGUUUUUUUGGUGGGAGAUGAUGUCUUCGGAAGGGGUCUGGAACUUGAUGAAAAGCUUCGACUCAUAAAAUGGUCUCGACGUCUUCUGGAGAUAUCUAUGAAGAUCUCGACGGUUCCUGUAGCCGUUAAAAGGCUUGACGGUCUUCUGGAAGGUUCUGAAGAUUAAAAAGAUACCUUGCGACUUUUGGAGCCUUCAUAAAGCUAGUUUUUCAUCUUCUGGAAAAUUCCUAAGGUGAAGGAGAGACUUUGACGUCUCGUGGAGUCUUUAGAAAAUGAGAAAUGAGUUUGACAUCUUCUGGAUAAUUUCUGAGGUGCAGGAGAGACCUUGACGUCUUCUGGAGCCGUUUGUAGGUUUUAAACAGGCCCAACCUCUUCGGGAGGGUUGUAAAGAUUGACAAGAUGCUUGAAGACUUCUAGAGCCUUCAGAAAGCGCCGAAAAGGCUUGAAAUCUCAGGAUCCAUCCUGAGGUGAAAGAGAGACCUUGACGUCUCAUGAUUCAAAGAGAAUCCCUAAAUAUUUGCUUUUAGAUACUCCGAACAUGACCAUGACUCUUUGAUUUCAGAAAAGAUCGAGGAACGUCAGGAGCAGCUCGAGAAAGAGUUGGCGGCGGGUGAAGACAAGGCGAAGACCAGAAAAGAGGGCGAAAACGGAGAGGAAGAAGAAGAAGAGGACGACGAGCACUAUGACGACGACGCCGAGCCGACAACUGCUGGAAAGGAUGAAGUGAUUGUGAAGAACGAAGGCGAGGAUGAGGGCAACGCGGAGGGCAUCGAGGUGGUCGUCGUCUCGGACAAGAAGACGUCGCGCAACAUUGACGUCGACGACGAGAAGGUCAAGGACGACGACGAGGAGGAGUAUGACGAUCAGGUUGAGCUGGAGUAG